GGGCGCCGUGUGCUCCCUUUAUAAAACCUCAACUGCCCCCUUCAUCACUUCUUUCCAUUUCUCAUUGGGUCGACGACGGCGGGCUGAUCAACGCUUCCAUCAAGUUCCCCCAGGCUAAGUUCGUGAUUCGAUUCUGCUUGCAUAUCAAAUGUCUUUUGACAUCAGAAAGGACUAUCCUCGGUUUCUUUGGUGUGACUUUUGGUUUGUAUGCCGUAGUAGGUUGUGGUGUUCUCGUCGAGUAAAAUUUCGGCACUGGACAUGAUAGAUAGUCAGAGGUUUUGGCUUGGAACUGGACUUAAUAGAUAAGGAAUUUGUGAAAUUUAGGUUAAAGAUUUGAUCGGUAUAAAUUUUUAGUUCUGAGUUUAUAAAGAUUAUUACUGCUAUGAAAUUGAGGACAGCCUUGAUAAGUGCAGUAUUUAUUCUCGUUGGACUAAUCACAUUUCAAAUCUCAUUUAGUAUAGACAGGAAAAAUCUUCAUUUUGAUGACGAAGGCCUUCCUCCCACCGGGCUUUCGUUUUCACCCAACUGAUGUUGAACUUGUUUGGUACUACUUGAAGAGAAAAAUAAUGGGAAAGCCUUUUCAUUUCGAAGCUAUUGCAGAAGUUGAACUGUACAAAUUUGCCCCUUGGGAUCUUCCAGACAAAUCUCACUUGCGUAGUAAAGAUCUUGAGUGGUACUUCUUUUGCCCUCGAGAUAAAAAAUAUCCUAAUGGCUCUAGAACAAAUCGUGCAACUGGUAUUGGUUACUGGAAGGCUACUGGAAGGGAUAGAUAUGUGAUUCAUAAUUCUCAGACUGUUGGGAUGAAGAAGACUCUUGUUUUUUAUGAAGGGAAGCCUUCAAAAGGCAAAAGGACUGACUGGGUGAUGUAUGAGUACAGGCUAUUAAAUCGGCAAUUGGUUGAGGCUGGAUUCUCACAGGAAGCAUAUGUUCUCUGCAAAAUUUUUCAAAAAAGUGGUCCAGGUCCUAAAAUUGGGGAGCGAUAUUGUGCUCCAUUUAAUGAAGAGGAUUGGGAGGAUGACACAAUCACUGAGAAUUCAUUUCCUCUUCCUUCUGUAUCUUGCCCAAAUCCGGAACCAUUAGUCAAUCAGACUAUACUGUUGGAUCCUCUUAGUCAGCAACCUGUGGCCUCCAGUCAUGUUGAGGUGCCUUCUGAUCGUGAUCUUCUUGAUGCUGAUGGAAUAUGGCUGGCCGAGGUGGCAGAGAUUCUUAAUAGCUCUCCACACAUAGAGGCUGCUGGUGACACAUUCAUGAUGUCUGACUUGGCCAUUCUUGAUAUGAAUGUUAACGAUGCCUCUGCAGUGGAUCCUGAAGGAAUUUAUGAUGAAUUUGGGAACCUCUCUUCUCAUGCAAUGAAUUCUGGCAAUAUCAAUCACCCUGAGAAUGUUCUCUGCGAAACUGCCUUGCUUCCUAUGUUAUCAGAACUCGGUAGUGAACAAUAUGUGGAGCUGAAUGAUUUUUGCUUUACUAGGGAUAACGACUUCACUGCAUCCAUCAUGCCAAAUGUUCCAUUUGUUCAGCAUGCAUCAGCUCAUUGUUCCACAUUUCAGAACCAAAGUCCCAUGGCCGAUCUUAUCUCUUACUUUGACAAUGAUGUUGUACAAUCCUCUCCUUGCAGUACCUGAUAUUAUCAGCGAAGGAUCUUCACGGAAUAUCCAGAUUGAAGAUUUUUUGAGAGCCUCAUCCGAAUGCACUUAUUUCUGGACACGAGCACCAUCAUCUGUCGCAAGAGUUCCCUUCGGCUUGUUUCAACGGGCUCUUUUAGUGAUCUGUUUUAUGCAUCAUUAAGUCAUCGCUUGUCAUAAUUAUGUGCCUAUUGUUGUCGAGAGAUAUUGUAAGAUAAGGAAUACAGACAAUUUCAGUGCAUCUGUUAUGCACAUGAGGGAGAUUUCAACUCUUGGACGUAGGAUGUUCAUCAUCAGUGUUCCCAUGCAGAAGUUGACCUUGGUGUGAUUCAGUUUUUGGCAGAUC